GGCGAGCUGUCCGAGAAUGCCAAGUACCAUCGUCUUCGACGCUUGUGCAAGCGCACGAGGAAUGGGAAGCUUCUGGUUCCAGAGGCUGUGGAGAAGGCAUACAUCGCUGGUGGAGCUUCCCGAGACAAGUUGAUGGAACAGCUGGAGGAGUGCAGCUUUAAAAAGGCCGAGUUCAUUGCCCUUUGCACGCGAACCUACACAAGAAUAAGGGAGAAGGAGAACAAGUCGGGCUGGGGCUGGUUCACUACAAAGCAAAUGAAGGACGAGCUGAAAUGGGGCAA